AUGGAUUUGGAGGAUAAAAAGGAAAACAUUCAACCUCUUCGCGGUGGAAGAAAUAUUGAGCAGUUGGAGUACGCAUUCCUUACCCCCGAACGAUGGGAAGAGGAUCGAAAGUUGCGCGAGGAAGCGAUUGAAAAUGACAGCGGCGAUGAUCCUCUUGCAGCCUGGUUCGAUUAUGUUUAUUGGAUGGAACAAACUAAUCCGAGCAGCGCGAAACCGGCAGUACUGAACGAUGCAAUCCGUCGGUGUGUGCAAACAUUCGAAAACGACCCCCGCUACGCACAGGACCGGCGGUUUAUUAAGCUGUGCAUCAAAUAUAUUGACACCCAGUCCGCUCCGGUGGAGCUAUACAACGAGCUUUACAAUCGCGGCGUCGGAACGCUCUGCUCGGAUCUGUACAUUGCGUGGGCCUACUAUUAUGAUGCCGUAGAUAAUUUUGCCAAAACGGAAGAAAUCUUCCAGAAGGGUAUCGCAGCUGGCGCUGAACCAAAAGCCGAGCUGGAGCAAGCCCACACUGCCUUUGGGUUUUCCAUGUCCCAAAGGUUCCUGCACAAGGAUGAGUGCAGCAAGCUCAAGUUCAAAACAUCACUUGAAGACCGCCGUAAUGCCCUUACGUCCCUCAAAUCUGUGCGCAAAAAGCACGUUGGUAGCGUGCGUACCGGGCUGGCCGUGAAAAGUUACCAACCGGGUGUUGUGAAUCAAGAAAAUGUUGCCACAAACAGCAUCUGCCGAAACGCUCCCAGUGGCGGCGCAAUCGUUUACACGGACGAGCCAGACGGUGGUGGCAGUGUGGCCGCAUCUAUCGUGCAUCCCUUUUCCAGCGUUCACAACGAAGCGGAAAACAUUGUCGAAGCGGCUCGCUUGGCCAAAUCGGGCACACACAAGAAACCGGUUCUGUUUGGCAAACAUCAGGCCCCUUCUUUCGACAUACCGAUGGACGACGAUAUUUUCGAACCGAUUCCGUUACUGGUGGAUAACUACGGUCGAGGGUUGAAUUUGUCCGCUAAGUUUCACCGCCGCAAUAUGCCGCAAAAGCCGUUCGAGCUAAGCGUGUGCGUCGGAGACAAAAUGGAAAGGGCCAUUCCAAUGUACGACAAAAUUAGGCUGUAUUGUCGGGCCAAGCUAAAUGAGGAAUAUUCGCCCGAAGAAUUGCGUGCCUAUCGGUACUUCCUUCGCAAAGCGGUCGAGAACAAGUUCGUAGACACGAUGAACCGCGUGUGGGGUCGUGGAGCUGAAGUCGGGAUUCGCUUACAUCCGCUGCACUUGCGUAACAACCUACCCAAUGCCAUCGCCACUGCACCGAAUCUCAAUCCUGCCAUCGACGAAUGCUAUCCGAACAUCCAAACAAGAACUCGCGAAAUGUACGCUAACCGUAAGGAGGAAAAGUCAAUCGAGGAGCUGUUGGUUUCGAAAUGGACGGAGGGUAGAAUUAACAAAGGUGUCGACCGACGUUAUCAUGACGACGUAUGUCCGGUUGAUAUGGAUGAGACGCACGUUGAAUCAAAACGGAUUUCAAUGGGCAUAGCUCGGUACAGUAUGGCUCCAGCACCGCUCGAUGAGCAGCAACAGAGGUUGCGCCAACGGCGAUCGGUCUUCCCAACCGAACGUACCGCAGCCGCGUGUAUAUUGGAGGAAACUGAAGACGAGAUAAGCAGCCGAAGCGUAAAACAUUCGAACCGAAUGGCUUCUCAGCCCGUCGAAUGUGAUCAACCAUCAUCCACGUCCGAUCAACCGACGUCACGGAAGCGAAUCUCAAACGAAAUACUUCAGCAGGAAGUUUUCAAAAAGGAAGACUGCAAACCAACACCGGUCAAAUAUUUAAUUCCCCACGAAAGCCAGGCGCCAGGGGCAGCUGCAAAGGAACACUCCCCGUCAUUGGCCGUUCCGCCGAAGUUCAAUAUUUUUGUGGAAGAGUCUGACGAAGAUGCAGGCAAACCGGAGGAUAUUGGCACCACUUCAAAGGCCACUGACCAACCAUACUAUCCGAACGAUACCUGCUCCACGCAGAUGUUCAACUUUUUCGUAAAAAACAGAAGCACUCCGCUUGGCCCAGCGCUCCGCAUGCAACCGUUAACGGCCAAUAUCGAAGGAGCGGGAGGUACUGCAAAACGCAUGGUUAUGUUCGAGGAUGACGAAUUACUGAACGGUGGAGCGGAAAUGCCGAAGGAGUCCCCAAUCAGUCCACUGAGUUCGGCCGAACUGGUAACCGAGCCACCAAAUGUUCCGGCACCGGCGGAGAUUGUUGUAAAUGACGAAAAUGUGCCUCCGGUGGUAGAAAGCUCAACGCCACCGUCCACCUCCACGCCAGGUUCGUCUACUUGCAAUAGCACCCAGAGCCACAAGCAGUUGUCGACCAUUAUGGAGCGUACGGAAACAAGCACCCAUUCAUCAACUGCCGUUGGAGCGGUAACGAAAUCAUCCGGCGAUGUGCAGACACUUUCUCCAGAACCACAAGUUUCGGGAGCUACGUCCAACAUCCAAUCUUCCAUGAAACCAGCAGACUCGCAAACGGUUACAAAUGAUGGCGUCUUUAAAGUUCCGCCACCAAGUGAUGGCGGUAUUUUUUGCAUACACCUCGACAGUACAGAAACGAUGGCCAACAUUCCGCUGGUGAUUAAACGCGAUCUGCCAACAGCCACCGAGAGUCCUAACAAUCCGUCACCAGAAGCCGAAAAAGAAAAUCAAGUGAUCUUGCGAUCAGCAUCAGCUGCAGCACCAACAUUCGCGGCACAACCACUGGCAUUGCUGGCCACAACACCAUGUGCUGGGCCCGGUCGUCUGGGAGGAGUUUUCAAUCUGCUCGAUGAACCAACGUUUACCGACUGCCAACCGGUGAUCGGUGCUCAGCGUAAUAUUUCUCAGUUGGCACAGCGUGACAUGGACGUCAACUCGAUCGCCUCGUUCCGACUUGCCACCGAAAGAACGAACACCGUACCGUUGCAGUUGGUGAAACCGCUCUCUACCGUUCCAGAGCUGGCCAGUAGCACGCUUUCCACGCACAACACCACCACAAAUACGCCUUCCACGGUUUUGAUCCAGAAGCCGCCGAACUCGGGUAACUCCUUCCUAGAUUUGCUGGAGACAACGUUCUCACCGAAGGCCAGCGCCGACGGCAUUGGGGUCACUUCCGGUGAACCUAAAGCGUCACGAAGCUCAUUCAAUUUGAGCGAUCUCAUGAAAACUCCGCAGCCAAAGGCGGGUGGCGACCGGGCGGAAAUCGUCGAGCCGGGAAGAGUCCUGUCGCCUGCGAACACGUUGCCGUGUCCUGACCAGAAGGUGACAUCGUGUCCCGAUAUGAUGUCGAUAAAGGUGGAAAAAUCGCUCCAGCUGGAUGCCAGUAUGGAGCUGCCCAAGUUUACCAUCCGUGUACCGACCACGGAGCCCCCUCCGAUGCAACUAUCUCCGGUUAUCAAGAUUGAGUUGGACGAUUUUCCUUCGCCGCUGCCCCAAACAGGUUCAUUGGGGGCAUCUACUGCGCAGGGAAAGCAUGGUUCGGUGGAAGACCUGAACACUGCGGUUUUUUCGAUGAACAUCAAUCGGGCUGCAAUGAACUCCACCGUCAUCCGGGAGGACGGCUUUCGAACACCUUCCCCAAAGCAAAACACAUUCGCGGAGCCACUGGCACCACGGCCGCCUCUUCCGCUGAAGAUUACGAACGUCCGGGGUGGCAUUAGCGGUCACGCUAGUUUACUUAUGCCGCCAGGUCCGCAGUUGGAGGCGGAUGUCAUGGCGGAUGUCGCGGAUGCCGAAGUUUCCAUAUAUCAACCGCGACCCGCCGUCCCACAGGAGGCCGAAAACUGGGAGGAAGUCGACGAGCAUUGUAGCAGUGACUCGGAUAGCAAUGGUUACCGGUACAAAGCGAUCGACAUGGACAGCACACAGAUGCAGAUCAAUGCUUAUGUCGAAGCACAGGAUUUUGAUCCGUUCGAUAGACAGCUGCAGGAAGCGUUUCUGGAUCAGCUAGAUUUUAUGAGCUACCUUGCCACCAGCGUCCCCACGUGCAAGAUGGUGAACAAGGUGCAACCGCUCAAAAAGGCGGCCCAUGUGGAGGUGCCGGAUGGCAACAUCUUUGAGGUGCAACGCAAGAUCGGCCAAGGCACAUACGGUGCCAUUUACUGUGCCAAUCACGUGGCGACAGGGAAACAGUUCGCACUGAAGCAGGAACGUCCGGCGAACCUUUGGGAGUACUACAUCUGCCUGGAGUUGCGAAGCCGCAUCACUAAUUUUGACAUUCUGGCAGGAUUUUUGCCGAUCGAUUACGCGAUCAUCGGUAACAAUGCGAGCAUAUUUAUAUCUCCGUUUUCGCGAUACGGCAACAUUCUGGACGUGUGCAACGCGGUCCACAGUGCGACCAGUCGCAAUAUGGAUGAGUUCAUCGCCAUGAUCAUUUCGUCGCAGAUCCUAUCGAUCGUCGACCACCUCCAUAGCUGCCAGAUCAUCCACGCCGAUAUCAAGCCGGAUAACUUUCUGCUGAUGGCACCAAUUGACCUCGGAUCGGCUGUACCGUGUGUGCAGCUGAUCGAUUUUGGUGUCAGCAUCGAUAUGAAAGCCUUCAAGAAUGAUCGAAUCAAAUUUACCAAGGUUAUCACCACCGAGGGGUUCACGUGCAUCGAGAUGCUGGAGCGCAAACCAUGGACUUAUCAACCGGAUCUAUACGGUGUGGCUGGAACGGCCCACGUGAUGUUAUUCGGGAAGUACAUGCAGGUGGAGAAGAACAUUGUCAACUGGAACAUCAAGAGUGCCAUGCCGCGCUACUUCAAGAAGGCGGUGUGGGAGAACUUUUUCGCCGCCCUGCUGAAUAUACGCGACUGUGACCAUUUGCCGAACCUGCAGCAACUACGUACCGCGUUUCUGGAGGAAAUAGCACAGAACGAGCGUUACAUUCGCGGUAAGGUGUCCGAGUUCAACAAUGUACUAGCUUCGUCCAAGUAA